AUGCUGCCGUACCUGUUCCCUGAGCUGUCCACCUUUGCUACAGUCGCCGAUCUUAUCACCCACCUUCGCACUAGUGAUGCUCGCCUGCGUGCCGCCCUUCCCACCGAGUUCUGCGCUAAGAAUCCCCCUCCACUGUACUGGACACUCCACUUCAUAGUCACCCGUCUCCCUGACACCCUCAGCUCAGUUCGAGACCACUUCCUUGCUCGCUGUCCCACUGAGCUCACAGUCGCCCUCCUAGAGGAGCAGCUGCUCGCGGCCGAAAAGAGCAUUGUAGCUGUCGGUGCUGCUCGUGGCGCUCCUCGCACCCCCAUCUUUGAGGGGUGUUCUCCCUCUCCCCUCGCUCCCUCCUACGCUACUGCUGCUGCUGUUGACUUCCUUGGUGCUGAGUCUGCUGGCGCUGCUUCUGCUCCUGGUGGGAGGCGCCGCACCGGCAAGGGCAAGGGGGGCAAGGGUGGCGGGGGUGGCGCUGGGGGGGGAGGAGGUGGGGGAGGUGGGGGGGGAGGCGGUGCUGGAGGGAGCGGUGGCGGGAGUGCUGGUGGGAGUGGGGUCGGCAGCGGAGGCGGGGGCGGCGGAGGGAGCGGUGGCGGUGGUGGCGGCGGUGGCGGUGGCGGCGGCGGCGGCGGUGGCGGUGGCGGCGGUGGCGGUGGCGCAGCAGCAGCGUCCCCAGACGACCCAGCAACUUCGUGA